AAGUGUUGACAUUUUGUGAGUUCAGGCCCAGCCAUUGUUUGAUUUUUAGGUAUCUGCAGUAAGUGGUAUGACGUAAGGGAAUCAACAGUCUACAGGUAUUCCUCAUUUUUUCGCAAUAGGCGGAAGCAUCUCACAUGUCAGAUGGACGCAGCCAUUUUGAGAAGCUGUCAAUCAAAUGUUUCGAGGCGUUCGCAAGGAUUAAGGAAACAAGCCCCCUUUGCGUGGCAGCUGCAGGAUUCUGAUGAAACAUCUCUUGCGUGCAGUUUCUCUUGGUGCUGUGUCAUAAAGCGCAGCCUCUCCUCUUCCAGCAUCAGACAGCUGUCUGGCUUGAUUGAAUCUCAAAGCAAAGUACCCGUUUGGGGCUCGAGAAAGCUUAAGUUUAAAAAAAAGACAGAAACCUCCAAUUUAGCAAUGUGCGAUCCGGAGAUUGAGGCACAGCUUGCACCCCUGAGAGCUGCAGUGAAAGAACAGGGAGAUCUUGUUCGCAAACUGAAAGAGGAAAAUGCUCCAGAAAUUGAUCUCCAGAGAGCUGUGGCAGAUCUAAAACACAGGAAAAAGCAGCUUGAAGACAAAGAGCUUGCCUUGGCACCAAAAGAUGACUUUGACCGUGCCAGAAUGGAAGAUCUACUCAAGCAAAGAUUCUUCUAUGACCAGUCUUUUGCUAUUUAUGGGGGUGUAAAUGGCCUGUAUGACUUUGGACCCAUGGGCUGUGCAAUGAAGGCAAACCUUUUACAAGCAUGGAGAAAUUUCUUUAUUCUGGAGGAGCAGAUGUUGGAGGUGGACACAGCAAUGCUGACACCAGAACCUGUUCUCAAGGCUUCUGGUCAUGUAGACAGAUUCCAGGAUUAUAUGGUAAAAGAUGUGAAAAAUGGAGAAUGUUUUAGGGCUGAUCACUUGAUAGAAGCGACUUUUGAGAAGAUGCUUACUGACAAGAAAGUACCAGAAGAAGUGAAAGAGGAGAUUCGAGAUCUCAUGCCAAAAAUUGAUGGUAUGAGCAAAGAUGAUAUGGCAACCACUCUUGUCAAGUACAACAUGAAAUCACCCGUCACCAACAAUGACCUUACCGAGCCUAUUGAAUUUAACCUUAUGUUUGGCACACCUAUUGGUCCUACUGGUCAAAUAAAAGGGUACCUUCGACCAGAGACAGCACAGGGUAUAUUCGUCAACUUCAAGCGGCUCUUGGAUUUUAACCAGGGUAAACUUCCCUUUGCUGCUGCACAGAUAGGCAACUCUUUCCGUAAUGAGAUUUCCCCUCGGUCUGGCCUAAUACGUGUAAGGGAGUUCACUAUGGCUGAGAUUGAACAUUUCUGUGAUCCAGACAACAAGGAACAUCCCAAGUUUGCUGAUGUUGCAGAUGUUGAGCUGUCUCUAUAUUCAGGUUGCAACCAAAUGGAUGGCAAGCCUCCAGAAAAGUGGAAGAUUGGUGAAGCAGUGAAACAGAAACUUGUUGCCAAUGAAACACUUGGGUAUUUCAUGGCACGAAUCCAGCUGUUCCUGGUCAGAGUGGGUGUGGACCGAGCACGCCUUCGAUUUCGACAACAUCUGUCUAAUGAAAUGGCCCAUUAUGCCUGUGACUGCUGGGAUGCUGAGUGCAAGACUUCUUAUGGAUGGAUAGAAUGCAUAGGCUGUGCAGACCGAUCCUGCUAUGAUCUGACGCAGCACAGUAAUGCCACAAAUGUCAAGCUUGUAGCUGAAAGAAGGCUACCAGAACCACGAACUAUUGAUGUAGUGGAAUGCCUGCCUCAGAAGAGUAUUCUGGGAAAGGCGUUCAAGCAGAAUGCCAAGGUCAUCACAGAACAUCUGGCCGCCCUUGGUUUAGAUGCUGUGACUCAGCUUGAGAAGAACCUUGAAGAAAAGGGGGAGGCAGAAUUGGUUUUGAAUGGCACAAAUUUUGUGGUCAAGAAAGAUAUGGUUCAGGUGAAGAGAUACCAGAAAACCAUCCAUGUUGAAGAAUUCACACCAUCAGUGAUAGAACCAUCUUUUGGCAUUGGUCGGAUUAUGUAUGCUAUUUUUGAGCAUAAUUUUAAGACAAGAGAAGGUGAUGAACAGAGAACAUAUUUGAGCCUACCACCCAUCAUUGCUCCCUAUAAGUGCUCAGUGCUGCCCCUCAGUUCAAAUCAAGAGUUCAGCUCCUUUGUCAAAAACCUGUCUGCAGAGCUGACACGAUGUGACGUGUCUCACAAAGUGGAUGACAGCUCUGGCUCCAUUGGACGACGCUAUGCGCGCACUGACCAAAUUGCUAUCCCAUAUGGCAUAACUGUUGAUUUUGAUACACUCAAGGCUCCACACACAGCCACGCUGCGGGAGCGAGAAACAAUGAAACAAAUCCGUGUGCCUAUAGAGGAACUACCUUCUUUGGUUCGGGACUUAUCUCGAAGCCUCAUCUUAUGGGAUGAGGCUUUGGAGAAGUAUCCACUGUUUGAACAACAAGAGGCUUCUAAAUGAUUUGCAUUGUGACCAGUAACACUUCAUUCUGAUGGCUGACUUCAGGAAACGAAGGUCAUUGGAGCUUGUGGCUGGAACUUGUGGUAGAAAGACUCGUUUAAUUUGGGGGGAAAAGGAUGCGAAAGCAUUUGAUAAGACAUCAUUUCAUUUCAGAUUUGUCUUUUCGCUUAAUACCUUUUUGACAUGUAUGUUGGGGGCACCUUUUCUCCAAAGGAAGCAAAAAUUUGCUCGGCUACUUAUUCUGAUGAAGAAUGCUGUUUUUAGGGACCUGCAGAGUGCAGAGGGGGUAGAAAGUAGUGAUAAAAUGCUGUCUGUAAAGGGCUAAGAACGUAUGAACAAAAAUAGUCAUAAUUUGUUUUCUUUGCUUGUGUUUGGUAAUACAAGAAAUAAUGCAUAAUGACAGUUUUAACAAAUUUGCUUUAAAAUAAGAAAUGCAUUAUUAAUUUUUAAAAAUACAACACUUUAAAUUGAUUGAGCACCAUACCCAUUCAGGAAAGGAUGCAAUAUGUAUGUCCUUGUCAGCCCGAGUGAAAAAAAGAAAGUAAAGGCAUUGUGUAGUGUGUGUACAAACUUGAUACUCCUCGGUGGAUCAUUGACAUCGAGGUCUUAUAGAGAAAUGAAAGAAUGUGAUCUGUCAUGUUUCAGACUUCACGCAGUCUUUGGACUUUCCGAAGUAUCUAAAACCAGUUCUCAUGUAUGUUCACAUAAUAUGCUUCUGGAGUCAGUUAAACUUCCCUCCGAUAUCUUUUGCUGCCUCGAGACAUUGUAUAUCUGUAGAAGAGAUACCUGUUUGGAAGGUAGGCAUCAAAUUUUUUCUUGUAAAUUUAAAAUGCUUCUUUCUAAAUACUUCUUGCUUUUUUUUACUGAUGGUAAAAUGUUACAAUGUUCCAUCAGAUAAUUUGUUUGCACAGUCUAAACCUUUCAUCAUUGUCCAUUGUCAAGUUUUGAGGUGACAGGUAGGGUGGAAAUGGAAUAAACCAUGUCUGUUGUGCA